AUGAAAGAAUAUACCCCCUUGAUUUCGCUCUGGGCCCAAACCAUCAUCUUGCUAGUCUAUUUGAUUCAACGAUAUCGCCGGCCCAAAUUCAUACGAGAUCUCCCAGGUCCGCGAGGCUAUCCACUCAUUGGCAACUACAUCGAUUUCCCAAAAUCCCAUCCAUGGCUGAAAUUCAAGGAAUGGGGCGACACAUACGGACCGAUCUACCAACUCAAAGUCUUCGGUGUCACUUAUGUCAUCAUCAACGACGCCGAAACCGCCGAAGAACUACUCUCAGAGCGAGGCUUCAGGUACUCGGGCAGAAGCAAUUUCGAAAUGAUCACGAUGAUGACUGGAGGCAUGGAUCUGGCCAUCACGGCAAUAAAGGCGAAGCCAUGCAAUGGUAUUUGUCACCAAACCGACCGACGCCCGUCCAACGACUACUGGAGACGCGGUCGCAAGUUUGCAGCCUCGGUGCUCGGAUCGAAUAUGGUUCCCAAAUGGGACCCGGUGCAAGCCCGCGAGGCAACACGCAUGGUAGUCGAUAUGGUGUGUGACCCGACGAGGUAUCAGUUCUGGUUGGAGCGAGCGUCGACUUGUGCUUCUGUUCGUCUGACGUUUGGGAAGAAUUUGCCCGGCGCCGAGGAAGCCGAGUAUCAUACGCAAAGAAUAACAGAGCGAAUGCACGAAAUCGAGCGAAUAGCUGAAAAUCCGCCCUCGUUCGCUCGCUUCUGGUCCGAGAAAGACGACCACUACAACUUGGAGUGGAGGGAAGCGGCGUAUGUUAUUGCAACUCUGCAUGGUGGCGGCUCCGGGACCACUUUGUCUACCAUGCAAAGCUAUUGCCUGGCCAUGUGUCAUUUUCCAGAGUGGCAGAAACGGCUUCAUGAUGAGAUUGAACAGGUUGUAGGCUCCGAAAGAGCUCCUAACCUAGAUGACAUCGGAAAUCUGCCGAUCGUGAGGGCAGUAUCCAAGGAACUCUUGCGGUGGAGGCCAGUCGUUCCCAUCGGUAUCCCACACCGUGUCGCCUUUGACGACGAAUACGAAGGGUAUCGUAUCCCCGCGGGCGCCCUCGUGGUUGCCAACCAGUGGGGAAUCCAUCGAGAAAAACAACUGUAUCCCGAUGGAGACGAGUUCGAUCCCGAGAGAUGGUUGGACAUGUGGUAUUCAUCUACCUAUGAACAUCCCACAGCUAAAUAUCCCACGAUCAGGAGAUUUUCGGCGUUUGGGAUUGGGCGUAGGAUCUGCCCGGGCUAUGACGUCGCAGAGCGUGCUCUUUUCAUCCAGAUAGCGUCUCUUGAAUGGGCAUGUCGGAUUAAGAAGAAAAAGACAGUGAAUGGGGAAGAAAUCGCAUUGCCAUUGUAUGAGUAUUCGAGCGGGGUGACUAGCCAGCCGUUGAAUUUCCAGUUUGAUGUCGAGCCUUAUGAGGCGAGAAGAGUCGAGGUGUUGAAGAACGCCUGGGAGGAAGCCAUUGAUCUGUGA